GCCAACUUAACAGUUCAGACUUGGCAAGUUUCGGCAAUCCAAAACAAGCUUGUGCUUGCUCUACCACGUGGUUUGCGGGUAUGAUUGUGUUUGCGGAAGUACUUCCGCAAACACAUCAGUAAAUUUGCGGGGAUUAUUCCACAAACUCAAAUCUGCAAACAAAAAAUGACCUUCCGCAAUUGAGGAGUUUGAGGUUUGUGGAAGUGCUUGUGCAAGUGCCCAGCUCUGUACAGCACAUUAGCUUAGGGUGUUUAAUGAUCUUGUGCACCGGCUAGAUAUUGAUGAUUUACUGGCAAUAUGUCUGUAAAGGAGCUGCAGCUCGACAAACCUGUCAAUUACUCUCUGCAUAUAUUUGCUUUCAACUUUUGUUUACUGUUGAGGAGAUAAAAAAAAAAAAAGCACUUCUGCCCGCACCACCGCACAUUCAAAAAGGCGUGUAGUUAAAGUGACACUUGUUUCCGAGAAUGUGUUUUACUGUUCUAGUGACAAAUGAACAAGAUUUUCACAUUCCUAACAGGAGAAAUAAUCUCGAGAACCCGGCUAAUCAUCUCUGUGGCCUUUGAAAUUAGUCGUGGUGAGACAGCAAAACGUUUCUGAUAUUGUAUGUGAUGUGUCUGUAACACUGAAUCUGCUCUGCGGUGUGUGAAGUGGUGGGUGUUGGUAUAUACAUUUGGACACCAUGCCUUUAUACACAUCAUCAAUGCCUUUAUACACUGCUUUACACCAUCGGAUGCCAGCGCCUUUAUAAUACAAGAACUGAGAUAGAUGGAGAGGAGCACACCUUUAUCUUUACAUCAGUGCUUUUAUAUACAACGUUACAUCAAUACCUUUAUCUCAACACCAGUGCCUUUAUACACAGCUCUACAAUCUACACCGCAGUGCCUUUAUACACACGACCUGCGAUAGAUAGAUGGAGAGGAGUACAAAAUAACGCCACCUUUUAAGGCGCCUGAGGGAGCGAGAACGUAGUAUUAGAUCCUGUAGCUUUGGUUUCUGGCCCGGUGUGUGGCUUCCAGUCGUCCUGAGCCUGUCAAAACAGAGUCCCUUAUGACUAGUGUGUCCACAAAGCUGCAGGUGGACCAAGGUGGACUGUGACUUCCCCAGUGACUAUGCCAUAAUGGUAGACUGUCCGGGCAGUCUGCAGCAGCUGGUAGUGGAGUUUAUUGCCAGCCACGUGAAGGAGGUCUGCACGUCACAGUUCUCCCUCACAGAGGAUACCUACAAACUCUACUUCAGGGACUCAAAUGCAUUUUUUCAUCAGAAGGUUGCCAAUCUGCUUCUCCGUACAUUGGACAGAAAGGGUUUGCUCAAUGAUUUAAGCAUGACUUUAUUUGACCCAGUGGCUGUUCGGCUCAGCCAGGUCAACCUUCACAAUGCCAAUAAUGUUACAUGCAAGGGACUCAAGGUACUUAAGAGUCACCAGAUACAUUCAGUGGAAGUGAAAAACCUGUCCAAGGUGUCUGUGGACGAACUGAUCAGCUGUUUUGGUGAGUGGACUCUUAAUAACAUCCAGGAACUGAGUGUUAGUGGCUCCUCCUUCUCCUCAACUCACUCACAGAAGGGCAGUGUGUGUCCCCGACUCUAUGUGGGGCUCAGCAAGCUCAGGAACCUUCAUGUGCUCAAUGUAAGUGGCACCAAGCUGGCUUCACAUGCACUCCUUAACAUCUGCACUGACCUGCACCACCUCUCCUCACUGGACAUCUCAAACUGCAGUGAGCUGGAGUCGGUGGAGUGCCUGCGGGUGAGAGCCAAUACCUUGCGUUCCCUCAGCAUGUACAACCUUAAGGUCUUGCGUGUCAAGGAGACCGGAGACGUGCUGAGGGAACUGAAGGAGCUGGUGCACCUUGAUGUCAGCGAGAACAAGGGGAGCCAUGAUGCAGUAGCACGCCUCAUUCCCUCGUGCUCUGUUGUCCCCAGCCUUCUGAGGGACCCUGCGUUUGGGUGUAAACUCCGCUCUCUUGACAUCUCAGGGCAGGACCAGACCCAGCCAGAGGACUUGUAUGUGUUCCUGAAGGGUCACCCGCACCUUGAGUUCCUCGGCCUCAUGUUCACUUCUCUCUGUCUUGAUACAGUCUUCCUUGAUGGAUUUAAUAUUACAGUGACAGGUGUGGCGCGAGCAGACCAGCUGGUGGAAGCUCUGCGGAGGUAUCCCACUAGGAUAGAAUACGUACCAAAAAUACUCUACAAGAUAUUCAUGCUUACCACGCACUUUGAGACUCCACGACCGGAUGUCAUUAAGUUGAUCCUGCCUGUGAUGAACACCCACAGCACCCAGAGUGCCAUACAGCUGGCAGGCACGGCAUGUCUGUACAACCUGACCAAGGGGCGCGUCGGGGAGCAGAUCCAUCCACACGUCCUGCGGGACAUGGUGCACACCACGCUGACUGCCAUGAGCAACUUCCCUGACCAUGCACAGCUACAAAAAAAUGGCCUUCUAACUUUGUGCUGUGAUCGCAUCCUACACGAGGUCUCCUUUGACAAGUAUUGGUGUGCCAGACUUGUCCUUGACUGUCUCCUCACGUUCAAUGAUCCCUCCACGGACCGCAUGGCUGUUGCUAUCUGCUCAAUUAUUGCAGCCAAGAUCUCCACUGCCCAGACAACUCUUCUUGGUGCCAGGAGUGAAUACAUGCAGAAGCUCCUCACUCUAGUCAAACGACGAAUGGAGGAGAAGAUGGUGGACAUGACAUUGAAGUUUACCCUUUCAGCCUUGUGGAAUCUAACAGAUGAGUCUCCUGCGACAUGUGAGGUGUUCUUGAAGGAGAAUGGCCUUGAGUUAUUUCAGCAGCUGCUCAAGGUGUUUGCCAAGGAUGCUGCAGUGGAGACCAAGGUGCUGGGCCUCCUUAACAACAUUGCUGAGGUGUCUCCCCUCAGAGGUGCUCUUAUCAACAAGAAUUUCCUCUGUCAACUAGAACUGCUGCUGUGGUCUCCCAAUGUUGAUGUGAGUUACUUUGCUGCUGGCAUAGUUGCUCAUCUAGCAUGUGCAAGCAAAGACUCCUGGAAGGACCCCAACACUGUGCGGGAGAACCUCCUUGAGGAACUAGGCAAGGUGGUAAUCAGCUGGGAGCAGCCAAAGGAGGAGAUGGUGGCAUACCGUUCCUUCCAGCCCUUCAUCCCACUCCUCACCGCCCUCAACAUGUACCAGGUGCAGCUGUGGGCCGUGUGGGCGCUGCACCAUGUCACCACUAAGAACAGCAAGCGCUACUGCCACAUGCUGGUGAAGGAAGGUGUUGACGACGUUCUACGCAACCUGGUGACGGUGCCGGACUCCAAUGCUUCGGUGCGGGAACUUGCCAGCCGAGUGGUUGACGUUCUGCAAGAAAACGGCUUCAACAACAAAAAUCUAUAAUGCUAAUCCUGGACCUACUAUUUUUCUGAGAUCCUUGUCAUGGGAUCUGAAGUCUUCAAGAUUCUUCUCUUUCUCUCACCUUACUUGCUGCCUCGCCCUCCAUGUGUUAUUUUUAGUUUUUAUUUAUUUAUUUUUCCUCCCACCUUACUAUCUGGGUUUGUUUAGUUUCUGCCAUCUGUGGCAAGUGCUGCCUGGUGAUCUGUGUUGCUUUGCUGGCAUGUGUUGUUUGUUGGUUAAGAUGAGUGGUAAUCCUGGGACUCAGGACGUCUGGGUGUUCUUGGCUAUCCCUUCAUGGCAGCAAAAUGGAGAAAAUAUUUAUUAUUGGUCAAGAAGGACAUCAGUGAAUAUAUUGAGGGAAUGGCCAUAAGAGAAGUCAUUCAAGAUUGUGAGGUGGUGGCCCUGAGAAAAAUUAAACAAGAUUAUGGGGUGGUGGUGGAGAGCAAAGUGAGAUAUAAGGUAGUGGUCAUUGCAGCCACUGACUGAGAUGUGGGGCUUAGUGGUCAUCAGUAGAGCUGGAACUGCAGGACACAUGGUGCACUGAAGUCAAGGGGUUGGGGCAUUUAGGAAGGUAAGAUAAUGAGCAGGGAAUGUAUUAGAUGGAAGAGGGAGCAGGCAACACAUGAAGUACUAAGAGUGGUGAAAAGGUGACUAAUACAAAGUAAAACAUUUAUUCAUAAUUGCAACAUUAAUGGUGAUGCAAAGUAAUCCAUCAUCAGAGAAUAUGAAAUAAUUGAAAUAACACAGUUUCAGCAAACAGAAUAAUUUUGUAAACCAACAUAUUAUCUCAAUACUGACAACAUUGGGAGGUUCCUAACCCACAAAUAUUAAAGUUGCAGUGGCUAAUGAAAUGAUACCAGUUAUAGAUUCAAGAACCACUCUGUAAAAACUAUUGUUUAGGAUCUGUGAAUGGUGUCAUGUUGCAUGUGAAAGAGGAUGACCUGUCAGCUGUCAGUGAUUUUUGGGAGAUGGUCUCCGUAAUGGCAGGGAUGACAUAAGUACAUCCUGUAUCAUGCCAGGGUAUGUCAGACAGGCUUGCUGAAACAUGAGGCAUGCUAUCCUUAUGUUGAGAGGGCAUUUCUCAGCCUUUAUACACAGCAAAAAACAAUUGAAUUUAGCUGAUAUUAAAUAUACAAGCAUGCUGUCACCUUAACUUGCAUUUUUACAAAAUACGGACGAUGGAGGUGUGUAUCCAAAAGUUGCCACAUCUUAGGAAUGAAGUGAAGCAGAAAACUAAUGCUGCAGCUGUCUGUUGUAGCAGAAGCAACACCCCCAAAGAAAAUUAGAAUGUAAUCUCUGCUCCUCCAUGAGUGUCAGUGCUGGUAUGGGAGUAUUGUGGUGAUGCUGGGCAGUGUGCCAUGCUGCACACACCACACCACCCCUGCGUUAUGCACUGUGAGGGUUUAUGGCGUCAUCCAUGGGCAUCUUUUUAUUUCCUCUCCCAAGGCAGGAAAACUGGAACAGAAAGUUUCCCACGGGGCGACCACAGCAGUCUUGAUACGCUUAUACACAGGCUCAUCAAAGUAAAAGGGACGCUCUUCAGUGCAGGAAUUUUUAUCCAAUAGAAUGAAGAACUCUUGAGCAGUUUCUUCAGUUUUUUGGAGGUCUGCAUCUGAUUUUCCUUUCCUGUGUAUUGGAUUUUUUGCAUUCCAGUUUUAUUUGGAUGCUUUCCAUGGAUUUCUGAGACAAUCAGUUAAUUAAGAAGAAAAUGGUUAAUGAAGUUUAUAUCAAAGCUUUCAAAAUAUCAUAGACAAAGAACAUAUAACUUCAUGUAAUGGGCCAUUUCAGAGGUAAGCGUGAGAUUUGCUGUGGUUUUCCUGUGCCAAGCUGAAUAUUGAACUGAAAUGGACUUGCAUGCACCACUUGGGGUCAGCCUGUAGUGCAGUGGCAGCCACAGCCUGUCAGCAGGAUUUGGAUAGCAUAUUUCUUCCUAUUUAUAUUAAUGAAUUAAUUAGAUGUGUAUAUACUACAUAUAUCUGUAUAUUUAUGAAGAUAUUUUAUUAUAAUAUUUUAACUUUUGGCAUUGUGUGAAAAGGCAUGUUUCAUCCCACUGCUCUUCUACACACACACACACACACACACACACACACACACACACACACACACACACACACACACACACACACACACACACACACACACACACACACACACACACACACACACACACACACACACAC